AUGAUCUCAAGUCGUAAUAUUCGGGUCUUGAUAUCGCUUCUUGCAAUUUUUGCGAUCGUAGCGUUUUUUGCUUCAUCUCAAAAUUCACUAAGUGGCUCUGUUCAAAAGGCGACGACAGGUGACCAAAGUGAAUCACCCCCAUUUGCUUUCGAAGAGGAUCAAGCAAGCACUUUAAAGAAUAGACCUCAUAAGGGCACUGAACCACCAUAUUCGGUGGAUACUCAAAAGGAACAACCAGAAUCCAACGAGAAGAAACCUCAAGUAAUCGCCGAUAAAUCAACUGGAAAGGCUGACCCCAACAAAGAUCCAUCACAUGAAUCCACAAAAGAGUUGGGAGAAAAUACAGCAUCAAAGGAGGGUCUGAAAGCAAAAUGUGAUCAGAAAAACUACGCUGUUAUGAUUGACGCAGGUUCGACUGGGUCUAGAGUUCAUGUGUAUGAGUUUGACAGUUGCGUCACUCCUCCCAAAUUAUUGAAUGAAAAAUUUGAGAUGAUAGAGCCUGGUUUAUCUUCAUUUGAUACAGAUACAGUGGGCGCUGCUAAAUCACUUGAUCCAUUGUUAAAGGUAGCCUUAGAUUCCGUUCCCAAGAAAAGCCAAAGUUGCACUCCCGUCGCUGUCAAAGCGACAGCGGGCUUGAGAAAGUUAGGUAACGAAAAAUCCCAGAAAAUACUAGAUGAAGUAAGAAGACACUUAGAAUCCAAAUAUCCAUUCGCAGUUGUUCCUGGUGAUGGCGUUUCGAUUAUGGAUGGAAAGGAUGAGGGAGUUUAUGCUUGGAUUACUACAAACUACUUACUUGGUAAUAUCGGCACACCAGAGAAGGUUCCUACAGCUGCUAUUUUCGACUUAGGUGGGGGAUCAACACAAAUUGUCUUUGAACCUGAGUUCGGUAACAAUGAGGAAAUGGUUGAAGGAGAACACAAGGUCCAUCUUACAUUUGGUCGUAGAGAUUUCAUUUUGUAUCAAUUUUCCCAUUUAGGAUUUGGAUUAAUGGAGGCUAGAAAUAAAAUUAAUGCUUUAGUUCUUGAGCAAGCUCUAAAGUCAAAUAAUGAGCUUUCUAAAGCAAAGUACACGAAUAAGGAAACAGCGAAGGCUGCAAAGGGUAGCAUAUCUGUUUUUAACCCUUGUAUCGCUCAAGGUAUAGAGGCGAAAGACAUUCUUGUUGAAAUGCCAGAUAACGAAUAUUAUGUAGUCAAUAUGAAGGGUCCAUCUACUGCGGCAGGCUUUGAAUGCCGGUAUUUAGCCGAAACAGUCCUUAAUAAGGAAGCUGAAUGCAGUCAGAAGCCUUGCUCUUUCAAUGGUGUUCAUCAACCAUCUUUGACGAGGGCCUUCAGGAAGUCAUCUGACAUGUUUGUCUUUUCUUUCUUCUACGAUAGGACUAUUCCUUUAGGGUUUCCAUCUUCCUUUACUGUUGAGGAGUUAAGCGAUUUAGCCAAAAUCGUAUGCAGUGGUGACCAAUUUUGGAAAAAUGUCCUUUUAGAUGAUCAUGUCAAGGAAUUAUCGCAGGAGCCACAAUGGUGCCUUGAUUUAUCUUUUAUAACGGCGAUGUUGCAUACUGGCUAUGAUAUACCUUCCCAUAGAGAACUAAGAACUGUUAAGAAGAUUGAUGGCAAUGAAGUUGGUUGGUGUCUAGGAGCAUCAUUGCCCUUGUUAGACAAAACUACGUCUGGAUGGGAGUGUAAGGUUGAAUCUUUAGAUUAA